GCAGUUAGCGAAUGCUUACAGAGAAAGACACAGCUACUUCGGAGAAGCUAUAUUGCUCAUCUGUAGCACGCAGAAAAUAUCGAUGCCCUGGGAUUUUUCGUGAUAUAAAGGAGGACAUUUCCAGUAAUAAAGAAAGCAUUUUAAAGGGAUCUUUGAGCGUGUAUAUGGGAUACGUAUAUGGAGUUUAAAGCUAUUUUUGAAAUUGGACUGGAGUUGUUUAUUUUUAAUACAAUGUGCUGCCCACGCUUAACCGACUGAGGAAAAUUCCCAGUCCAUUUCCUAAUGGAACACAUUUGCUUCAGUGUUAACCAGCAGACAUCUGACAGCACCUGAAGUUGUGUUAAUAAACUGUCCUACGGUGGAUGUGAAGAAUCAUGGAUUGUUUUCACAUGCUCUGCUUUCUGUCAAGACACCAUGAUUCCUGGUAACCAAAUGCUGAUGGUGAUAGUAUUAUGGCAAAUUCUGCUGGGAGAAAAAAGCCAAUCUAGUUUGAUAGUCGAGGAAAGCAAGGAAAAAACAACAGAGCAUGGUCGGAGCUCCAGGCAAAGCCAUGAACUUUUACACGAUUUUGAAGCCACUUUGCUACAAAUGUUUGGACUGCAGAGGAGGCCCAAACCCAGUCGUUCAGCUAUCAUUCCCCAGUAUAUGCUAGACCUGUACAAGCUGCAGUCUGGUGAGUCUGAGGUGGGUGAGCAUGACUCCAAUUUUGUUUACCCGGAGAAGUUAUCAAGCCGUGCCAACACUGUGAGGAGUUUCCAUCAUGAUGAACACCUAGAACAGCUGAUGGUCGCUGAAAAAAUAGAAUCUGUACCACUGCGAUUCCUGUUCAACUUAAGUAGCAUCCCAGAGGAUGAAGAACUCUCAUCUGCUGAACUCCGGCUUUACCGACACAAGACUGAGGAAAAAGACUUAGAUGGACAAGAUGGAGUGUUCCAUAGAAUCAAUGUGUAUGAAAUUUUGAAAACUCCACAAAACACAAAAAGGCAUCCAAUAAUGCGGCUGCUUGACACUCGACUCGUCCAACACAAUACAAGCAGAUGGGAGAGUUUUGAUGUAAGUCCUGCAGUCAUACAUUGGACUAGGGACAGGCUUCCAAACUAUGGCCUUAUGGUUGAAGUACUACAUCUAAAUGAUACUCCUACACAGCAGGGGAGACACGUACGCAUAAGUAGAUCAUUACAUCCGAGCUCAGAUGAUGAAUGGGCACAGCUGCGACCACUGUUGGUUACCUUUGGCCAUGAUGGUAAGAGUCACCCAUUGACUCGUCGUGCUAAGCGCAAUACUAAACCUGUGCGCGGUAGGAAGAAAAACCGCAGCUGCCGACGUCAUGCUCUUUAUGUGGAUUUUAGCGAAGUGAACUGGAAUGACUGGAUUGUGGCACCUCCAGGUUAUCAGGCAUUUUACUGUCAUGGAGACUGCCCCUUCCCCCUGGCAGACCAUUUAAACUCUACCAAUCAUGCUAUUGUGCAAACCCUUGUGAACUCAAUAAAUUCGAAUAUUCCCAAAGCCUGCUGUGUACCCACUGAGCUGAGUGCAAUCUCCAUGUUGUACCUUGAUGAAUAUGACAAGGUGGUAUUGAAGAACUACCAAGAAAUGGUUGUGGAAGGCUGUGGCUGUCGUUGAUUAACCUUAAAAACAAAAAAAGACAUGGCUAAACUAUCUGCCUUUAAUAAUAAACUACGAAUACUAUUUCUGUAAA